AUGUCUUGGCUGGCGGGAUACGGUAAGGCCCAGGACGAGGAGAACGACAAUUUAGGCGUUGACUGGGUUCUGCAGUACGAUUUUAGUGACACCGUUCGUCAUGGACAUGGAUCUUCCCUAUUGGUGUUUGUGCGGGUUCCCCGAGAUCACCUAGGAAAUAUGGUCCACCAGUCACGGACUAAAGAUUGGCUAUUCGGAAUCACACAUUCACUUCCCGAGGGCGAUGAAAAUACAAUAGUUCACGCCGAAACCGCCGCCGAAGAAAUCCGCUCCGUAUAUCACGCCGUGACUUGGAAGAAAGAACUGAGAGGUGCGGGAAUCACUGCCAAUCAUGGAAAAUGGAAGAAUGUCACCGCUUCAUUCCCCUUGCACGACCAAGACGCAUGUUCGCAGCUUCUGGGCCAAUUGAAUCGGAAAACAGUACUCACUACUGAGGACCUCGAUACGAUCCGUGCUCUAUUUGGUGAAAAGGUUGCCUUCUACUACGCAUUUAUCCAAUGCUAUUCGCUCUUUUUAAUCGUACCUGCAGUGCUGGGCAUUGUCGGAUGGCUCUAUUUGGGCCCUUACUCUAUUUUUUAUGGUAUUGCCAUAUGCACCUGGUGUGUGGUAUUUGUCGAAUACUGGAAGAUUCGUGAGCAUGACUUGAGUCUCCGAUGGGGUGUGAAGGGGGUUGGCAGUUUGAAGGUCAACCGCCCACAAUACCAGUGGGAACGCGAGGUCAAAGACCCCGUUACAGGCGAAGUGAUGAAAGUGUUCCCAGGAUGGAAACAAUUCCUUCGCCAGCUACUCUUAGUGCCAUUUGCCUCAGUUGCCGCAGUCGCACUGGGAAGCUUGAUUGUGGGGACUUUUGCAUUUGAAGUCUUCAUCUCAGAAGUUUACGAUGGUCCGAUGAAAGAAUUUCUAGAAUUCGUGCCGACCAUCCUAUUCUCGCUCUCAUUGCCUGGAAUCAAUUCCUUCUUAACCAAUAUCGCCACUCGAUUAACGAAGUAUGAAAACUACCGCACACAAGAUCUGUACGACCUCGCCCAAACACAAAAGACUUUCGUUAUGAACUUCAUUACAUCUUUCUUGCCUACCCUCCUCACGGCUUACAUCUAUGUUCCUUUCGGCAAAUUCAUCAUUCCUCAUUUGAAUCUUCUCCGGACAUACGGUCAUAAUACCGAAAUCACAUCUCAUCAAGAACAUGAGGUCGACCCAUCGCGUUUCCAACAAGAGAUCAUCUACCUGACGGUGACAGGACAAGUUCUUGGAUUUGCCGAAGAAAUUGUUCUCCCAUAUGUCAAGAAUGUGCUCUGGCAGAAAUGGCGAAACUACCGUGAUCACCAAGUUGGACUGACCCGACAACGCAGCUUCUCUACAGCGACCGAUCUUCUGUUAAUUGAUCGAUCCGACGAAGCCAAAUUCUUGAAGCGGGUACGCAGUGAAGCAGACGCAGACGAGUAUAAAGUUGAAGAUGACAUUCUGGAGAUGUGUGUGCAAUUUGGCUACCUCGCCUUAUUUGGAGUUGCCUGGCCACUUGUCCCACUGGGCUUCCUACUCAACAACUGGCUGGAGAUUCGUGGAGACUUUUUCAAGUUAACUCUGGAAUGUCAGCGACCACCACCUAUCCGAGCAGACUCCAUCGGACCUUGUCUGCUGGGAUUGGACUUCCUUGCAUGGAUGGGUACCUUGUCCACAGCUGCUAUCGUGCACAUGUACCGUGGUCCCGUGGCCGAGGUGAAGUUGUCUUCUCUUCUACUGACUGUCUUCGUGGCCGAGCAAGCCUACCUGGCUAUGCGAUUUGUCGCCUCAACUGCACUCCAGAAGAUCUUCUCCGAUCACCUGCGCCGCGAGGAAGCCCGUCGAUACGCAGUGCGAAGAAGUUUCCUAGAAGCAAAUAACUCGGUCGGUAAUGGCUCACCUGGCCCUCGAGUCCGCCAGCGAGUCCGCUUCCAUGAGAAGGUCAAUGUUUAUAACCCCACAGACAGUCCACCCUCUUACGAUGGUUCUCCUACCCCAUCAACUGAGGAAGCACAAGAUGAAGUCCUUCGUGGAUCUGACCGGGAGGCCGAGUUCUGGCAUGGGCUAUCAUGCGACACUGCUGAUGCAGGUGUGAAGCUCAUCCGUGCCCUCAGUGGCUCUAGGCCUGUGGAUGAAAAGUGGACUAAGGAGGCAUAG